UACUAGUUUCUUCCGACCAACCUCCGGAAUCCUCGCUGUGCUGUGUAUCGUCCAGCCUCCUUCCAAUCCUCCCUACAGGGUGCUUCGUUUUCUUCCAUAUCUACCUUCGUGAAAUCCGUUGGCACCCCCAAUAGCCCUCACGUGGAAUGUCGAUUCGCCAUGUGUGCCCGAAUCUCGCCGUUUAGUCCAUGAAUCCGAAUCAGAUUCGCCGUCCGCGGAAGCUCUCUCGCUAGCACCGCAUGGCACCGAAGCGGCCCUUCGCGUACGGCCAAGGCGGCGGCGGCGGCGGUGGCAGCGGCAGCAUCACCGCACCUAUAGUCGACGCGCUCGACGCGCUUCCCUCGCGUCCGCUGCGCUUCGUGCUGCUGCUGCUCCUCGCGAACUUCGCCGGCCACUACUUCCCGCUCCUCUGGUCCGACACCGACCGCGGAGCGCUCCUCGCGGGGGGAUGGGGCGCGCGGGGGCUUUCCGCCGGGGGAAAAGCAUCGGGGGAAGGCGUCGGGGGGGAUUUGGAUGGAGCGAGGGGGCGGGCGAACCGGACUGCGCUACAGAUGGGAUCUGCCAGCUCGGAUGCGAGUCGUAGCCGCGGCACGAGCAGCUUGCAGGGCGUGGGGAGGGCGGGCGGGGGGAUGCAAGAGGAGGAGGGGCUGGGCCGGGCGGAAUGGGAGAGGAGAGGGGCGCGGAGUGACGAGGGGGGUGGAGGGGUGGAUGGGGGGAGCGAGGGCGCGGGCGCGGGCGAAGGCGCGGUGGGGUUGACGCCGUACGUGAGCCACAUCGACAUCUCGGUGGUGUCGGAGGCUGUGUGCCGGGGCAUCAUCGCGCCCUCGCUCUACUUCGUUGACAACCAGCAGUCCAUACAGGCGGUAUCGGAUCUGCGGGGCGAGCACCGGCGCGUGCUGCUGUUCAUGCCGCGCCACGGGCUGGGCAACAGCCUGCGCGGCUACGUGUCCGCGUUCGUGUACGCCAGACUGGCAGGCAGACGCCUCGUGCGCCUGCACGCGGCAGAGCAUGCCAAGGUGUACGACACGCUGUGUGCGGCGUUCACGUGCGGGUUUGACGCCAUCCGCUGGUCCAAUGAGACGGGCCCGUGGGGCGGCACCAUGGGCGUGUACCGCCAGCUGGAGCUGCUGCAGCCCGUGCAGCUGCAGUCCGCCUUCAAGACGUCCGGCAAGAUCAAGAGCAGUCUGGGCUUCACGGGCCCCAUCAUGCUGAGCAAGUCCCCGUCGCACUUUGACGGCUUCUGGCAGCUGUACCCACGCGUGCAGGCGUGUGUGUUCGCGGCGCUGCGCUGCUCGUCCCUGUGGUGCGUGCACUCACGCGCCAUCCACGAGCUGCUCCUCGGCCCCUCGCGCCUGCUGCAGGAGGUGGUGGGGCAGGUGCUGCUGCACCACGUGGGGGAGGGCAAGCCGCCUGUGCCGUCCCAAAAGGGUGUGAAGGACGGGGACAUGUUUGAUGUUGCCCUGCACAUCCGCACUCGGCCCGCGGCUAUCGAGCAGAUCCGGGGGCGCGGGGACGAGGAAUUGAGCCGAGUGGGGUGUGAGGAUGCAGAGGAGGAGGAGGAGAGUGUGGGGAAAAAGGCCAAGGCGCAUGAGUUUCUGAAGGGAUGCUUGUGGGACUGCAUUGCUUCACUGCUGGAAAAGAUCCAGCAGGAUAAGGCAGCGCGGGGCACAGCGACGGAUGCCGCAAGUGGGGGAAGCGGAGGCCGCAGCAGCAGCAGCAGUGGCCCUCUCACCAUCCUCCUCACAACGGACAACGAGGCCCUGCGGCCAGAGUUUGUGCGGCGAUUAGCAAGGCUGGGGUCGGUGUUCUACUCGACGGGGUCCAUCGUGCACCUGUCCAAGACGGCGAGCACGGACAUGGAGCGGCAGCGCAUGCCCACCAUGGCAGAGUUCUUCCUCAUGGCCAAGGCGCACACGCUCAUCGAGGCCGGCUCCUACAUGAGCACCUUCGCUUACUUCGCUGGGCUGCUCGGGAAUGCCACGCUGGCUAGCAUUGACUGGGAAGGGGGGGUGAGGAGAGGAAGGGGAGGUGGUGGGCUGGUGUGUGGGCUGAAGGUGUUUCAUGAGGGAGAGGCAGUGCAGGAGUAUGGGGGAGGCGGGUGGGCAGUGCAGCAGGGAGGGGCUGGAGCCUGGGAGAGAUGAGAUUGCAUGGGAUACGGGAGUCCAUGGUCCUACCCGUAGUCAUGGUGCCAUCUCUAGCCUAAGACAUGCUGGAUGGAUGGCCAUUGGCUCCAAUAUGUAGGUUCGAUGUAUUUCUGCUGGUCAAGCCCUCAAUUUGAAGUGUGCACAUGAACCCUUGGUUCCCUGAGCCCUCAAGGCAUGUCCAUUGAGAAGUGUGCACCCUUCAGGGCCGGGCGGGGAAGACACCCUGACUUAGCAAGGCUUU